UGUUUUUUUCAGCCAAUCAGCGCUCUCUGCACCGCUCUCCAACUGACGUGUCGCGUUCGGGUUGUUAUUGAGGAAAAUUGUGACAAAUGCUUAUUGAAAAAAGGGACAAUAAAGACAGUCGUGAACAUGUCUGAGCCUACAAAGCAAGACAUUUCCACCAUCUUUAAGAAACUUCGCUCUAUUCCAACAAAUAAGGUUUGCUUUGACUGCUCCGCUAAAAACCCGAGUUGGGCCAGCAUCACAUAUGGUGUAUUUCUAUGUAUAGACUGCUCUGGGACACAUCGGUCUCUGGGGGUGCACCUGUCAUUUAUUAGGUCAACUGAGUUGGACUCCAAUUGGUCAUGGUUUCAACUGAGGUGUAUGCAAGUAGGAGGCAAUGCCAGUGCAGUUGCUUUUUUUAAUCAACAUGGCUGCACCACCAGCGCUGCUAAUGCAAAGUACAACAGCAGAGCGGCUCAGCUGUACAGAGAAAAGAUAAAGAGUCUUGCCACACAAGCCACACGACGUCAUGGCACUGAGUUAUGGCUUGACAGUCAGGCUCCUCUUUCUCCAACAUCACCAGAUGAAAAGCAUUUGGAUUUCUUUAGUAUGCACAUACAGACUCCUCCUGAAAAUUUAAACAUGGCCAAAAUGAGUCUCAGUGAUUCUGCAACUGCAACAGAGAAGCAUGAAACUAGUGAAGAAGACAAAAAUGGUAACCCAGAAGAAGGCCCUAGUGUGGAAAUGCUGAGCAUCUCUCCUAAAGCAAAUCCAGAAGUUUCAUUACUUUUAAAAAAGAAACCAGCUGCUGCUAAGAAAUCACUUGCCUCUAAGAAAGGGGGCCUGGGAGCUCAGAAGGUCAGUAGUAAGAGUUUCUCAGAAGUGGAGAAAAUGGCUCAAGCUGUCGAUAAACUUCGAGAGAAAGAGGAAAGAUCUGCUCCUGUAGCCAAGACUGCACUUCAGCCAGAUGAGUCUGUUGUUCCGUCCUUGCGACUGGCCUAUAAGGAUCUUGAGAACCAAAGAAAACUUGAAGAGAAAAAACUGAAUCAGCUGGAAGGAAAGAAGAAAGAGCAAGCAGAGAGACUUGGCAUGGGUCUAGGAAUAAGAAGUGGAAUUACCCACUCAGUAACCUCAGAGAUGCAGAUUAUCCAACAAGAAAACCCACUGGGGGCAAAGACCAAGAAGAGCCAGAGGUUUAUAGAUGAUGAAGAUGACGACACAUCUUUCAGCUCUAAGGUCUUGUCGCGGUUUGAUGAUGAAACAUCAGACAAAUUCUCAUCUCGGUGGGAUGACAGCAGUGAAGGAGGAGGGUGGCUCAAGGAAAGCAAGAAACCAGAGCCAGACUUUUACAUAACAACCCCCAUAUCAGCCCGCGAUGAAAGAUCUACAUCCAGGAGGAAAGCAGAACCAGUACCAGUCAUGGAUAUAGGUGACGCUCAGAAAAAGUUUGGUGAUGCCAAAGCCAUUUCAUCUGACAUGUACUUUGGGAAACAAGACAGCAAUGAGUAUGAAGCUAAAACGCGACUGGAGAGAUUAUCUGCUAAUUCCUCCAUAAGCUCAGCAGAUUUAUUUGAGGACCAAAAGAAACAAAGCGCAAGUUCAUAUCGGCUGACUAAAGUGCUGCCCAGCGCUCCUGAUAUGUCACAACUUAAACAGGGAGUACGCUCAAUGGCUGGAAAACUGUCUGUGAUGGCCAGUGGUGUGGUUAAUACUAUACAGGAUCACUAUGGCUCCUGAGUGUCAGUGUUCUUGUCAAUAAUGGGGAGGAGACCAGUCAGUGCUGUAAGAUAAUCUAUAUAAACAUGUUAUGAAAUGAGCAAUCUUGUCCACUUUUGCAGCUAAAUGUUGGGAACAAGAAUGAACAGAAAAUGACCUAUGUUUAUUUAUCUUUACUUCUUGUUCAAUCUGCUUAUUAGAUUUGUAUCCGAAAGGUAAAUGUGUCUAACAUGUAUAUUUUAUUUUUCCUUGUUGGUGGGUUUCAUGAUAGCAACUCUUAUUGUUUGUCACUUUUGCACCUUUGUUUCAAAAGUGCACUUAUACUUUUCUAUACGAAGGACCAAAAUGUAAGCUUUUGCAACUAUAUAUAAAUGAAGUGUAAAAGCACAACUUCAUGAAGUAGCUAUGGCGGUCGCCUUAAACAUUACUUGGCCCCGUCAUAAAAUGUAUUCUGUUCUGGUGUAGGUCAAUUGCACUAUGCUUUGCUUUGUUCAGUCUUGCUACAACGUUAUGAAGAAUGCUUUUCUUUUUUUUUCUGUAUUUAAUUGUCUAGACCCAAAAUAGAAACGUUACUAGGUUAUUAGGUUAUGUUAAUGAUGUGUUAAGCUUUUCAGAGGAAUGUCUUAAUGUCCUAGGUCACAGACACUAUGUACAAAAUUUGCACAUUUACAUUAAGUUUAUUGUGAGACUUUUAGAUGUGAUAUUUGUUUCAACUUGAUUGAAGCAGAUAAAAAAGGGUGGUGCCUUUUUUUUUUUUUUUUUGCUUAAAACAAGUGACAAGUUACCCAAUUGAGCUAAGAAUACAGCUAAGAAUACAUGUUAGUGAUACAGUGCUAAGAAAACCCAGUCAGCAACCAAAAGAAUGUGAAAUUGCCCUAAAACUUAACUCUUUUUUCCCACUUAUAUUACAUUCUAAAAAAGAUGACAGCAUUUUAUUGAGCAGGAGGAAGUAUUGGCUGACCUUGUCUCUUUGUGUGUCCUCUUCUCUUUACAAAGUAAGGAGCAAACGGCUCACAGCUGUGCUGUUAUGUCAAAUCAGAACAAUUUAUUUUCCAUGGUGGAAUUUAGACAUAUUUCCAUGAUUCUUUUUAUACUCUGAAUAAAUCCACCUAACUGAAAUGUAAUGUAAUGCACUCAGCAACUGGCUAAAUUACUGUUGUCAGAAAAAAUAAUUUGGAAAAAUGAUAAUAAACCUUUAUGGUUCAUGUU